AUGUCUGGUCAAUAUCAACCCUUUGUCUUGGCUGAUGUCGUGUAUGACGACGUUGGAGUCGUUUCACAAAGGUCCGGUGCGGAAGGUGCGGAUUGCUCCAAUGAAUGGACGGUUUUGAUCCAAGAUGGUCAAGCUAAGCGUCAAGCGCAGUUGCAAUUGUGGUGGUCCAAGUGUCUGCUGCUGCAGGUUUCUCUUCAAUGUGACAUACGGAGCACUAGCUAUGCUUUAUAUUUAAUUCGGAAACGAUGGAAUAUGAUUAGAAUGAUGAUGAUAUAA